UUGCGCUCUGUCCUGUCUCCGUUGUUCCCCUUCCUCGACCGUUAGGUGGUAGUCACGUGCCGGAGAGACUCCACUUGACUGGAGGAAGUGUGUGUGGAGGGAAGACUUCGAACACUUCCUGAUGAUUCAACAUGUCAGCCAAAGACACUCUGCGGUGCAAUAAAACAGCCGUUUUGAUGGCUUUGUGUGCAGACUACAGGCUGUUCCUAAACAAAGUUCACGAGAAAAACCUGAUCACCCAACGGGAGUACAACAACCUGAAAAGCAUCAACAAGGAAGAUGUGGAGGGACACGCCGUUGAGCUCAUGGAUAAGGUCAUGAACAAAGGAGAGGACUCCUGCCAACAUUUCAUGGACCUCCUGCAAACCGACGAGGACAUAAUAAAUACUUACCCUAAGCUGAAGUGCAUGCAGCUGAAUGACACCUGCCAUCGGGUCACCUGCCAGCCUGUCCAAGAGUCAGCAGAUGGUACAUCACCACAGAGCAAGAGGCUCAAGAGGGAGGAGCGGUACCUGUUGAAGAGCAAGCCCGUUGGCCUCUGUGUCAUCAUAAACAAUGAGAACUUCAUGGAUGGCACAAAGAGAAGAGGAACCAGUAAAGAUGCUCAAUGUUUGGCAGAGGUGUUCACCUGGCUAGGCUUCAGAGUGCUGAUGUGUGAGGACCUGACCCAGGACCAGAUGGAGCGAGCGCUGAGGCACUUUGCUGCUCUGAGCGACCCCUCCAGGCUGCAGGAGUUCAAUGUUACGGAGUGGAUUGGCAGCGGGUUCGCUGAACCUCAGCAGACUCCUCUGAAGCAUGGAGAUGCCUUCAUCUGCUGCAUUCUGAGCCACGGAUCGAAGGGCGUUGUCUUGGGGACGGAUAGGAAGCCCCUCUCCAUUAAACAAAUAACUCAAACUUUCAAGUCCAGCGACCAGUCGGCCCUCACAGGCAAACCCAAAGUGUUCCUGAUCCAGGCCUGCCAGGGACCGCGCACACAGCCUGGAGUGUUGUUUGAAGACCUGGAGGCUGAUGAUUCACCCUCACGAUUCAUUCCUGAAGAGGCCGAUGUUCUGGUUGCUUUCGCUACUGUUGAGGACCAUGUAUCAUAUAGACACAAAACCGACGGGAGCUGGUUCAUCCAAUCAGUGUGUCAGCAGCUAAAGGAGGGCUGCCUCAGGCAUGAUGAUAUCUCCACCAUCCUCCACCGUGUGAAUGAUGAAGUAAGCCAGAAAGAGGGCCCUGGACAAUGUGGAGCAGCAAAGCAGAUGCCUGAAGUCAGGUUCACCCUGAGGAAAUCACUUGUGUUGUCACCACAUGAAGCUUAAUCUCCAGAAAUCAUGCAAACUGCUUACUUUAUUUCUUAAUUUAUGAUGUAUUUUUAAGGGUUUUCUUAAAUGUUUUCAAUAAUUUUAAUCUUUCUGAAUUAUCUGUCGAUCAAAUGUAUUGCCAUUUAUACUUUUCCAGACUUUUGUCAUAGAAUAAAGUUCACUGGUGGUGGUUUUA